ACACACUACAGAAAAGCAAGUUACACACACUAUUUGAAUUUUGAACCCCAAACAAAUGGCCAAUACCAAACUCUCCCACCAAACUUUCAGUCCAAUCCCUGCCGUCCAUGUCACCUCCCGCCGACUGAGCCCCACCACCACCAGACUUCACCUCCAAUUUUUCAAAAACAAAAGCUUAGCUCUUAAACUUAAAGCAGACCAAAAAAGCUUCAUAUGGGCCAUUGGACUUAGCCUAGUGGACCAAACGGUCAACGCCGAACGGUUAGUGGGUUUUUUAUACGAUGAUCUUCCACAUGUCUUUGAUGAUCAGGGGAUUGAUCGGACGGCGUACGAUGAGCUUUUGAAAUUCAGGGACCCAAUUACCAAGCUUGACACUCUAAGUGGGUUCCUGUUUAAUAUUGCUCUCUUGAAGACACUCUUCAGGCCUGAGUUACAGUUGCACUGGGUCAAACAGACAGGACCUUAUGAAAUUACUACAAGGUGGACUGCGACCAUGAAAUUUAUCCUUCUGCCAUGGAACCCAGAAUUGGUCAUUACGGGAACCUCUAUCAUGGGUAUCAACCCAGAGACAGGAAAGUUUUGCAGCCAUGUGGAUUUUUGGGAUUCCAUAAAGAAAAAUGACUACUUUUCUCUAGAAGCUUUGUGGGAUGUGUUAAAGCAGCUGCGGAUAUACAAAACUCCAGACUUGGAAUCACCCAAAUAUCAGAUACUGAAAAGAACUGCUAACUAUGAGGUGAGAAAGUACACGCCAUUUAUAGUGGUAGAAGCAAAUGGAGACAAAUUCGCUGGGUCAACUGGCUUUAAUGAUGUUACUGGGUACAUAUUUGGAAAGAAUUCCAGAUCAGAGAAGAUACCAAUGACUACCCCUGUCUUCACGCAGGCAUUUGAUGCUGAACUUUCCAAAGUAUCCAUCCAAGUUCUUCUUCCAUUGGAUAAAGAUAUAAGUAGUUUACCAGAUCCUAAUCAAGAAACAAUUAGCAUGAGAAAGGUAGAAGGAGGUAUUGUUGCAGUUUUGAAGUUCAGUGGAAGAGCUACUGAAGAUGUUGUUCGAGAGAAAGAAAAAGCACUUCGCUCUUCUCUUAUAAAUGAUGGCCUCAAAACAAAGACAGGUUGUUUGCUUGCACAAUACAAUGAUCCAGGCCGAACAUGGAGCUUUGAAAUGAGAAAUGAGGUUCUGAUAUGGCUUGAGGAGUUCUCUUUGGAUUAGUGAAUUAAACGUGGCCACCCUUUGACCUGCACUUCAGGUUGAUCAUUCUUGCCCUUUUUUUUAUUUUGGCAUGAAUUUAUCUGGAUGAAUUGUAAUGAAGGAAACAAUAUAAGCGUAGCUUAACAUUAUUAUAGUUACCCUUCAGCAACCACAGUGUUCUGCAUCUUCUCGUUGGGUUCAUUAUGAUCUCAGUUUUCCAUUUACUAUCUAAUGAAAUAAACACUAUUGUACUUGUAAUUCCCUCUAAGAUCUGCCAGUUUCCAAACCAUGGCAGCGUUCUCCAUUGCUAUGUGUUAUACGCUGUAUCAUUAUUGGACACUAAAAACUAAAUACUUCUUUUAC